CGAAACCUUUAAAGAAGAGUUUUCCAGUGGAUGUUGAAGCAGCAGGAGAGCUUGAAGCUUGAACAGGUAGCAGGAAUGUAACCUCCCGGUUCUUCCACAGGGAAAUGGACGAGAUAAGGCCUUUGUUGGACAACCAGCAGCACCAGAACUCAGAUCUUCUGUCCCCCAACCUGAGGCCGAGACACCAGAAUCUGAUCCCUACACCAUGUGGACCGAUCAAGGCGUGGUCGGAGCUGUCCAACCUGGUGAAGAUCUAUUUCUGCUUCAGCAUCGUGUCCCUGCUGGCGCUGCUCGGCCUCACCAUCUCCAGCAUAUACAAGCAGCACAAGACCACGGACGUGGCCGACGAGGACAACUUCACGGUGUCCCUCAUUCAGCUGGUUGGAAUAUGUUUUUGCAUCUACUACAUCACCCGUGGUGUUCUGCAGGAGAACAGGCAGGAGCUGAUCGCCUUCGUUCUCAGCGUGCUGGUGGUCUUCAUCCGCUCGGUGAUCAACUACGCCGUGGUGGGCUCCAAGGGCAAGCAGGAGGUGCUGGUUCGCUUCGUGUGCAUCGUCAGCCUGGGCAUCAUUCACAUGCUCUGCACCAUGAUGCUCAUCCUCAGGCCCAACAUGAUGGCGUUCCGUGUGGGCGGGGCCCUGGAGAGCCUCCAGGAGCAGUACUUUCUCCUCAACCUGUGUUUCUCCAUGGUGACCUUUGACCUGCAGGCUCAGCUGUGUCUGUGCAUCCUGAUCACAACAUCGGACUCUGCCAUGUCCACCAUCAACACCAUCAUCCUGGGAGUCGGGGUGUUCUGGGCCUUGGUCACCGCCACUUUCGGAGCCAUAGCGGUAUUAAAGGAAUCCAAGGUUCUGGUUUGGGUCUUCAUGGGGCUGAACCUUCCUCAAGUGGCCUUCUUCGUUUACCUGAUGUACUCGGUGAUAGAGAAAUGGUUCAAGGACCAGACGUACACCCUGGAGGCAGCCGCCGUCACCGGAGCUUUAAUUUCACUGCUGAUCAAAGGCGUUUUAUUCUGGGGCCUCAUCAAACUGGUGCAAAGCUUCGGACAGGGACUCAGAGAGAGAAUGUUUGCAUCCAGUUAGAGCGUCUCAUCGGCUGGCUGCACAUCGCCAUCUUCUCUGCAGCUUCUGCAGCCUGACAGGAAUGCAGAGCUCCAGUUUUUAUCCAGCAUUAACUCUACCAAAGCAUUGACCAAGCCUUUUAUUUACACAUUUCUAAACUCUAAUGAGCUGUUUGUUAACAUUUAGAAACAUCUGUUAACUGGAUUUUUUUUUUUUUUUUACUAAAAACCAAACCUAAUAUCAAAAUCAGUUUUUAAUUAUUCUAACUUAUUGAAUCCAAAUAUUGUUUUAAGCUCAAAAGCAAUAUUUUAAUUCAAUUGUAAUUUGGUAACAAAUAUGCCUGAAAGCAGAAGCAGCCUCCGCUCGAUGCUGCAGCCAUGACACUGAGCUGAUCUGCUCCUCCAAGAGCAGAGAUUCGUUUGUACCUCUGAGGUAAAAAAAAAAACACUGUAAUCUACAAACUGGAUGUUAGUAUAUUUUUUGUAAAGUGAAAAAAAACUUUCUCCACUGGUGAUUUAUAAUGUUUAAUGUGCUAUUUUUUUGCUUGCUCACAGAUUUCUUAACAUUUCUUGGCACCUUAAUGCACUCAGUGUUUUUUUAUAUUCUGGAUUCUUAAUAA